AUGCGUCUCCGGCUCCAGCCACAUCACCUCACUCCAAGCGCACCCCUCCGCCUCGGGCUCCAUACCCAGCUCACAAAUUCUGGUAGCCAUUGCGUCGGCCACGCGAUUUCCCUCCGCCCAGUAGUAUUGAGGAAUAAUGGGGAGAUGCGACCUUACCCACUCGAACCUCACCUCGAUGCCCUGGUACUCAAAUUGUGGAAUUUGGGCGCAAAUGUCCUCUACCAAUUCGACGUUGCGGCCGUAUCUUGCGGCCAUGUGGGGACGCUCGAUGUCAGAGAUGGCGAAUUUACAGUCGGAGACGACUACGAUCGUGUCGACCCCGUGAGCGAAGCCCACUGCGAAUUCCAACGCCGAGUGAAUGGCGAACACCUCCGCCUCGAGGGACAGCUCAUCCUUUGUGCUGAAGCACUCUCCGGCGGAGGUCGCUACGCCGAGCCAAGCGCCGUUGACCCAGGUGCAGCAGGAAGAGCCGCCGAAGAGAGCGCCGUCGUCGAAACGGAACUUUGCGCUGCCGUCGACGAAGAAUUGACGGGUUCGGCGGGGUUGCUGUUGUUGCUGCUGCUGUUGCAGAGACAUCUCGGCGGAAGGAGGAGAGGAGAGAAGGGAAUGCUUCUGCCGCGGUACUGUUUUUGUCACUGCCGGAAGAGGAGAGAGGUCAGGAGAGGAGGAGAGGAGAACGAGCGAAAUUGCUUCUGCUUUCGGGAGGUCGUUGAUGCCGCUGGCAAAGAGAUCGUUGCUCUUGCUUUCGCGGUCUUUGGAGGGAGGGAUUUCGAGGGAGAGGAGAGGAGUCGAGGCCAAAUUGCUUCUGCUUCGGAGGGGAUCUUGAUGCUGCUGCCGCGGACUGUGAUAUCGUCGUCGGAGCCAGAGCACAAGAGAGAGAAGCCAGAGAGGAGGUAG